UACAUAUUUUCAAAAUUGAAGGAACUAAACUAAUUUAAAUAAUUUUUUUAACAAAAAAAAAAAAAAAAAAAAAAAAAGGAAAAAACAUUUGUAUUUUUUCUUCUCUUUCACUGGAAAUUCAGAUUCUUUCAAUUUCCAGUAACCUCAACAUUUGAGCCAACAACGUCAAUUUGAAAAAAAGAUACCCGUUUUUGUGAGGUGAUGCUAAAUGCCUGCCAAUGCUUUCUCUGUGUACUCUAUACGCUCCUUCAAGUUGAAUAACCAGAAUACCUAUAUUUAUUCGAAAGUCGAUACUCGAAUCGAACAAAAGUAGGUACCUACUCAUAAUCAAAAAAUCAAAAUCAGAAACAUAUUUUUUCAUUUUUGAAGUACAAAAAAACACUGCACUGUACCUAAUACCUACUCGUAUAGACAAGGUGCAGUGUCUAUAACUGUACCUCAGCAGCCUUAGUAAGACAACCUAGCUUCUGUGUUUAUUACUUUGUCAACGCUUUGUGGAAGCCGAAUUAUUGAUAAAAAAUUGAUAAGAGAGCUGCUUAAUACACUUAUGCAAUAAUAAUUGAAAUUUCUCAGAAAACAGAACAGUGUUACUGAAGAAUGUUUUAUGUACAUUACAUGAAAUAUAUUAUUUACUGCUAGCAAAAUUCACGUUACUUCAUUGUUUGGUGUUUCCAUGAUUGAUCUUAAUAAUUCGAAUUAAAAUUCGUAUAAUGAACAAUUUUAGAAUAGCAGGCGAUAUCAUUCAUUUGAUAGCAGUGACUGCAUUACCAAUAAAAAUAUGGGCAUCAAAUAAUACUGCAGGUGUUUCCGGUAAAACUCAAAUCCUCUACGCUCUAGUCUGCACCUCAAGAUACCUCGACUUAUUCCUUAAUUACAUUUUCAUCAGCCCAUAUCAUACCAUAUUGAAGAUGCUAUUCAUUUCAGCGGCCUACUUGACUGUUUACCUUAUUUAUGACAAGUUUAAGGAUACCUACAGUUACAAUGAGGAUUCUUUCAAGAUCGGUUAUUUACUUUCUGCGGCUGCUGCUUUAGCUGUAACAUUCAAUUAUGGUUGGUCUGGUGGAGUGAUCGCUUACCAAGAAGUUCUCAAACGUGGAUUCAAUUUCAUAGAAAUAGCUUGGGCAUUCAGCGAAUACCUCGAAGCAGUAGCCAUCCUGCCUCAGCUUCUCAUAAUCUAUCGAAAUAAAACCAGUGAAACCAAAAGCCACGUUUUUUACUAUGUUUACGUAAUGGGUCUUUAUAGAGCCUUAUACGUUAUGAAUUGGAUUUAUAUGCAUCAUAUUUGUGAUUGCAUUUGUUUAGAUGUGAUUUCAUAUUCAGCUGGUGUUGUACAGUUGACAAUUUAUGUUAUGUUUGCCUUCAUUUAUGUUACGGGUCAGUCACUGUACAGCAACAUUAUCGAACCUUCUAUGAGGGAGAGUAUUAAAAAAGAUGAAGUAGCCGGGUAUCUUUCAACCAAGCUGAAGCUGGUAUCAUUUUUUUGUAAAUGAUUGUUGAACUUUUUCUGGAUAGGUGGUAACUAUUUUCAACAAGUUCGUCAGAGUUGAAAAUUCAACCUGAAGCUUCUAAUACGCAACAUUCGAUCAAUUAUUGAUUUUGAUUUUUGAAAAAUGAGAUUUGAAAUUUACCUAAUGAAAUACAUUGUUAUUUACUCGUAUGUUUUCUUAUACUGUUACCUAAACUUUCGUAAUUUCUACCAAAACUUUAUUGUCCAGUAAUUUAAGGCAAGUACAUACUACAAUUACUUACAUAAAUUUAAUUUGAUAAUA